GUUUGUUUGGCUGUUCUUCAUUUCAUUCCUGGGUUUUGAGGAGAGGGAAAGGGAUGGAAACAGUGAAGUCAAGGUUCAAGAGAGUGUGUGUGUUUUGUGGGAGUAGCAGUGGCAAGAGGACCUGCUACAAAGAUGCUGCUACUGAGCUUGGAAAAGAGUUGGUUGCUAGAAAGGUAGACUUGGUUUAUGGUGGUGGGAGUGUAGGAUUGAUGGGUCUUGUAUCUGAAGCUGUUCAUCAAGGAGGUGGCCAUGUUCUUGGAAUCAUUCCAAAAACUCUAAUGAACAAAGAGAUAACUGGAGAAACAGUGGGAGAAGUGAAGGCAGUGUCAAGCAUGCACCAGAGAAAGGCUGAGAUGGCAAGCCAUUCAGAUGCAUUCAUUGCUCUUCCUGGUGGGUAUGGGACACUGGAAGAGCUCCUUGAAGUGAUUACCUGGGCUCAACUAGGCAUUCACAACAAGCCAGUGGGAUUGCUUAAUGUGGAAGGGUAUUACAACUCUUUGCUAGCUUUCAUUGACAAAGCAGUGGAGGAUGGCUUCAUCCAGCCAUUUCAGCGCCAGAUCAUUGUAUCAGCUCCCACUGCCAAAGACUUAGUCCAGAAACUUGAGGAGUACGUGCCUGUGCAGGAUGCUGUGGUGGCCAAACUAUGUUGGGAAAUGGAGCAGGUUGGUUAUAAUUCAUCACUGCAUUCUGAGAUUUCAAGAUAGUACAUGAAAACAAGGAGUGAAAAAAACUGGUUGUUUUUAUUUUGGUGAAUACUAACUUGUAUGCAGAAACAGUGGCACUUUAGUAGUAGCACUGGUGGUAGUACUUAUAUAUGCUUGUUUCUGGAUCAAUACAUCAGCUUUUUCUUUUGUUUUUUUGUUACUUUCUUUCUCUCAAAGGCAAGCAUGCAUGCUCAAAAGAGUGUU